AUCACCAGGAAGUAAACUUUCCUUUCAGUCAAUAAGAGCGAGAGGAGCUUCUUCUGUGUUUUUCUUUAGUUUUUCCCUCAGUAUUUAAAAUGCCUUUACUUUGUGGCGGAACAUCUGAGGCGAAAGAUGCGAAUGAAGAGGUGCAGAAAAUAUGCGACGAGAUGAAGUCUCACGCCGAGGAUAAAGCAGGGCGCACGUUUGACGUCUUCACCGCGAAAACCUUUAAAACGCAAGUCGUUGCGGGGACAAAUUACUUCGUUAAGGUUCAUGUAGGUGGGGACGAGUACAUUCAUCUACGUGUCUAUAAAACUCUGCCCCAUGCUGGAGAAACACUGCAGCUGACCAGCAUACAGGCAUCCAAGACUCAUCAUGAUCCCAUUGAAUACUUCUGAAUGAAACUAUGCAAAUCAGAAUAAAUGUUUCCUAAAAUGCU